AUGUGCUGCGGUGCCUUACGGAGAGUCCUAUUGCUCUGUACAGUUUUAUAUUGUACUUGUUAUCUGGGACUUGCACAAGUACACUCUGAAGAUGUGGACAUCCUCCAGAGGCUGGGGCUCAAGGGAGAGAAGACAUCAAGCUCCAUCCGUCCGGGGAUCAUUCCGUUCCGAUCGGGAGUCAUCCUCACCCAGCAGGCACGUGUGGAGGCCCCUGCCCGCUCAGUCAUACCACCGUCCUACUGGCCCAACCUGGCGCUGCUUCUGAGUGUGCGUUCCCACCGUGUCAACAACGCCUUCCUCUUCACCGUGCUCACCGGCCGCCGCCGGCUCCUGCUGGGCCUGCAGCUGGCCCCGGGGCAGCUUGUCCUCCACACAGGGCCCAAUAGCGCCGUCCCACUCCACUACGACCUCCACGAUGGCCAGUGGCACCACCUGGCUCUGGACAUCCGUGACCAGAGGGUUACUCUGUACUCUGCCUGUGGGAAGCAGAGCGUUCACGCAGACUUGACUUCGGGCGACAGAGAAGGCCUGGACCCUGAGAGCUCCUUCCUGCUCGGGAAGAUGGGCCAGGGCUCGGUGCAGUUCGAGGGUGCCAUUUGCCAGUUUGACCUGAUCCCCUCCUCCCAGGCAGCUCACAACUACUGCAGGUACAUUAAGAAACAGUGCAGGGAGGGUGACACCUACAGGCCAAAUAUAGCGCCCCUCCUUCCCCUCUUAACCCGAGACCCCAACAUCACGGCCAGCCUGGCUCCGCCAGCUCCCUCCGAGCUGAACAGGAAGCCCAUGGUCAUGAACCUAGCAAGGAGCGCCACUGCGGCUGCCUCUGCUGUUAGGUAUGUGGUGCCGGCCAUCCUGCUAAAGCCCACCCCUAGGACCACUCCUUCUCCCCUGCCUGGUACUGUGAUGCUACUCACAACACGGCCUGGGCUAGCCUUCCCGACCAAGGCUCAGAGCGAGACCAUUACAGCACCACUCAGGAAUGGAGUUGCCCCUCCCUCCUCCCCCAAAACCUACACCAUCACUCAGAAAUCCCCCAAGCCCACCCAUAUCAAGCCCGUCAAUGUCAAGCCCACCCCUGUUAAGCCUGCCAAUUUCAAGCCCACCCCUCCCAAGCCCAUCCUAGCCAACCCCACCUCUCGCAGCAGCCCCAAGAAGACCACCUUGGGGCUGGAGGCAAAGCAGAAACCCUCUGUCACUGCUGCGGCCAAGCCUACCAAGAAGAAGCCAGACUCUGCCCUUCUAGCCCAGGGGGCAGUCAGCCCCGGGCCAAAGAAACUACCACAGAAACCACAGCCUACAGCAGCCAAAAAGACAAUAGCCCCGCCUAAAGUCACAGCCACUCGCCAAUUCAAAGCCACCAAUGCACCUGCCAAUCCAAAGCUAUCCAAAGCCACCAAUGCACCUGUCACCCAACGGCCCACCAAACCCACCUAUGCACCCUUUAACCUCCCCACCACGGGCUGGUGGCAGACGUACGAUGUGGAGCCGACCCAUUUUUCUCUACUAUUGCCAGGACCCCAAGGGCGAAAGGGUGAACCAGGCCUUGCGGGCCCUCCAGGACCACCAGGGAAGUUAGGCACACCAGGGAAGAGUGGUCCUCAGCUCUUGCCACCCUCCCUGCUUUCCAUCGACCUGUACUGGAAACUACAUUCCUCCAAGCCUGGUCGUUGUGCCACUGCCUCGCCACAAUAUUGCCACUCUCUGACUGACUGGCCAGAGCUGCCCUGCAGAGACCCCUCCCUAGUGAAGUCACCUCUCCCCUCCCAUCUCACCUGCCCCCCCCCUAUAAAGCAAGGACGCUUUGAGCAGCUGGCGGAUGCCGCGGUUAUCGAUCCUGCAUCCCAGUGGAGGCACGGUGAACCCGGUUCCCAUGGAAAACCUGGCCGUCCAGGUCCACCUGGACUUAAGGGGAGGAACGGAGACCCUGGUCUCUCAUCUGGAACAGCCGCUAAAGGAGAGAAGGGAGACCCAGGCAUUCUUGGCCAAGUUGGACUAAUCGGCCAGGCUGGUCGAAAGGGACAGAGAGGGCAUCCUGGUCCACCUGGUCACGAAGGAGAGCCUGGGGAGCGAGGUCCAGACGGAAGCCCAGGUGCCAAAGGUUAUCCUGGCAGGCAGGGUUUGCCAGGUCCCAUAGGAGCCAUUGGGCCGAAAGGCGCUCGGGGCUUCAUUGGAAUCGCGGGCCUUUUUGGCCUACCUGGUGCUGAUGGCAAAAGAGGCGUUCCUGGAGAACCAGGGAAGAGGGGCAAGAUGGGUAGGCCGGGGUUUCCUGGAGACUUUGGUGAAAGAGGACCACCAGGACCAGACGGGGACCCAGGUUUGCUUGGAGCCUGUGGUCCUAAUGGAGUUCUUGGACUUAUUGGUGACAUGGGACCUAAUGGGAAGGUGGGCCUUCUAGGACCCAAUGGACUGAAGGGGGUGCCCGGCAACCCAGGAGAACCAGGACUGAAAGGUGAUAAGGGUGACAUUGGGCUUCAUGGAGAGCAGGGAAAGAUCGGCUUCCAAGGAGACAAGGGUGUUCAGGGUACUCCAGGGUUGCCAGGUACCAGAGGAAAACCAGGACUUCAGGGUUUCCCUGGAGACAUUGGGCCUCCUGGAGAUAAUGGCUUAGAAGGCCCAAAUGGAAAGCCAGGAGUGAGGGGGUUGCCUGGUCCUAGAGGGGUGCCCGGGCUAGAGGGAGAUGAGGGCCCACUUGGACCACUGGGUCUGACAGGACUGGAGGGUAGAGUCGGCAUGAAGGGCUUCCCUGGGAAGAUCGGAACGGAUGGAGUGAAGGGAGAGCUUGGUAUCAUCGGGAAGGUUGGAGGCAUGGGUGAAAGGGGCCUGGUUGGCUUUAUUGGUCCUGUUGGAGAGACUGGAUUGGCAGGGGAGAAGGGGGAACGAGGGGAGAUGGGCCUGCCGGGACCUGCUGGAGAAAAGGGAUCAAUGGGCCCCCCUGGAUCUCGUGGGCCAAUUGGUACCAGAGGACCCAAAGGCAGAUGGGGUGCGAGAGGGCCCGACGGUCCAACGGGGAAGCUUGGGUUAGUGGGCAUGAAGGGCCCUGAUGGUCUUCCAGGAAAAAUUGGUUUUUCGGGAGAUGAGGGGAAAAUUGGAGAGCUGGGAGAAGCUGGACCUCAAGGGUUUCCCGGUAUUCAAGGACCCUCUGGACCUCCAGGAGACCAAGGAAUAGCAGGCGAGCCAGGACUCCCUGGGCCAGUGGGGACAGUGGGGCCACUAGGAGAAAUGGGUCUAAAGGGUCCUCCAGGCAAAGUGGGUCAUCCAGGACUGCCUGGCGAGCCGGGGGAGAAGGGAGCACUCGGAGCCAUUGGUAACAUCGGAGAGCAGGGACUAAUGGGACAACGGGGAGAGCCAGGGCUUGAGGGAGAGGCCGGUGCUGCUGGUCCUGAUGGAACAAAGGGUGAAAAGGGUGACAUGGGGCAGGAGGGCGACAAAGGAGAGAAGGGUGAAACCGGAAUGAAGGGAAAGGACGGCCCACCUGGGAAUCCUGGACUCAUAGGCAUCACAGGACAAGAGGGUAAAUCCGGCAAGAUUGGUGAAAGAGGCAAACCAGGAAGAAAGGGAGCCAAAGGUCAUAUGGGUCAUCUUGGGGAGACGGGACCAAUCGGAAAGACAGGGCCAAAAGGGUUUGUGGGACCGAAGGGCUCGAGAGGAACCAUUGGACCUGUGGGUCCCCCAGGUAGAAUGGGUAAACAGGGGGACAUGGGUCUAGCAGGUUACGAGGGUCAUCAGGGACCCCAAGGCCCUAUUGGGCAUCGAGGACCAAAUGGUGAAAAGGGCGAACAGGGGGAUGAUGGGAAGGUUGAGGGUCCUACUGGUCCUCCAGGCGACAGAGGUCCUCCAGGAGACAGAGGAGAGAGAGGGGAGUUAGGGGAUCCAGGAUACCUAGGGCAACAAGGCGUGGACGGAGGGAGAGGCAAACCUGGAGCCCCUGGACAACCUGGACAUCCAGGACCUCAUGGACAACACGGGCCCAAAGGAUCCAAAGGAGAUCAAGGUCAGAAAGGCAAACUGGGUCAGAGAGGAGAAUCUGGAAGCAGAGGAUCGCUGGGUGUGGUUGGUCUCCAUGGCCCGAGAGGCAUGGUGGGGCGAGAGGGGCUGGAGGGCGUGCCAGGCGUAGACGGAGUCUCAGGGAAGGACGGGUCCAAAGGCAUGCCAGGCGAGCAUGGUGACGAUGGUGAGUUCGGUCUCCCUGGCAAAGCUGGUUACCGUGGAAAAGUCGGCGGGCUGGGACUGCCGGGCGAUAUGGGAACCUUCGGACCAAAGGGUGAAAGGGGCCUCCCAGGCCAGACAGGACCCUCAGGGAAGAGAGGCUUUAAGGGUGGGAUGGGACUGCCAGGGCCACAGGGGGACCAGGGGCCCAAAGGACAACCUGGUGAUACAGGAGAACCAGGUUUUCAAGGGAUACUGGGAGUGUUUGGACCAACAGGGCCUCCAGGUGACUUGGGACCAAAAGGCAUACAGGGACCAAAAGGGCCACAGGGCACAAUGGGCAGAGGUGGAGUAAUGGGUCCGAUGGGGAUUAUUGGGCCCGAUGGAAGUCCAGGCCCUAAAGGAGACAAGGGGAGCCGUGGAGAGAUGGGAUUACGAGGACCAAAGGGGCAUCCAGGACCACCGGGACCUCCAGGUCCUCCCGGUGUCCCUCUGUCAUUUAAACAGGACGCUUCCCUUCAGGUGUUUGAGUCUAUAAACACCCCACUUAGGACUGAGAAUUGGCUAGUUAUGGACCUGCCUAUGCUAGACCAUGUUACAGAGAUCAUUAAGACCAUCCACUACCUUAGUGACCUGAUCCAGAGCCUGAAAAAUCCACUGGGCACCAGCGAUAACCCCGCCCGCAUUUGCAGGGACCUCCACAGCUGUGAACAGAAAAUGAGCGAUGGCACUUAUUGGAUUGACCCAAACCUGGGCUACUCCUCAGAUACAAUAGAGGUCACCUGUAACUUCACAGGUGGAGGGCAGACCUGCCUAAAACCUGUAACGGUGUCCAAGCUGGAGAUUAGUGUUGGGCGUGUCCAGAUGAACUUCCUGCAUCUCUUGAGCUCAGAGGCGGUGCAACAUGUGACCAUCCACUGCCUGAACGUACCUAUCUGGAGGACCUCUGAGGACCAGCCUCCUUCACAGGGGUCUGUGCAUUUCAGGGCGUGGAGUGGGGAGAUCAUUGAGGCAGGGGGAGAGAUGGAGCCUCACGUCAUCGAGGACUCCUGUUGGAUGAAGGAUGGACGCUGGCACCAGACCCAUUUUGUGUUCCACUCCCAGGAUCCUAACCUGCUCCCUGUGGUUAACAUCUAUAACUUACCCAAGGCCACACUCGGGUCACACUACCACCUGGAGGUUGGCCCUGUGUGUUUCCUGUAAGGGUGUGUAUGUCUGUGUGGUGCUGUGUGUGCAGGGACCCUCACUUCUGAACCUCCAUGCAGUUGGGGUGAAUGGAACAGUCCACUCCCUCCCUCAAGCACUGUCCAAGAAGGACCUCUGCACCCCUCCCUCAACACCCCCGUAUCACCCCUCUCAUCAGACUGCAGAAAUAAAGGGAAGAUAUUUUGGUGCUGGGGGAGAAUGAGGAGAAGAAGAGCAAAGGAGGAAUGGGGGAGUUCUCACACUAAUAGCUCCUAAAGAAGACAAUUUGUUAUUUUUUGCUCUUCAGGAAUGAUUUAAACUAAAAACAAGCUGUGGAUAUCUUCUUGGAGAAAAGGCUUUGCCAAACAGUCUCUCGUGAACAUUUAAGUUAAGGGACAUCCAGGCUAAGUCGAUACUGCCAAUUCCCCUACUUUUGGAAUUAUAGUGAGUUAUCAUACAGUGUGUACAGUGUGUACUUAAUUAAUACCAAGGAACAACAGUCUGUGCAAGAGAUUAAUUAAAGUAAUUGGGAACAAUAUUAAACAUACUGUACAUA